AAUUACAUUUAGCAAUGCCACAUAAGAUCAUUAAAAACUAGAAUGCCACCAAGUAGAGCGCAGACCUCCACAAAGGCUGAACUAGUCCUAAAUUAAAACAUUUCCUAGUUUUUCCUAUUAGCUCAUUUUAAAGUAAUAUCAAUUACUGUGAAACAAGGACAUUAAAACACCAAAGACUGCACACUAUAUUGUGACCACACACAAAAACAAUAUGCAUCAUAAUACUCCAAUACACCUUUCAUGGGCUCCAUUUAGGUUCUAAGAAUCUUAGAUCUGCAUAUCUCUCACAAAAACACUUGAUAGGGAGGGAACAUUGCCAAAUAGUCAACUUGCUGGAGGUGAUGCAAUGUUGGGGGAAUGUUCUCUCCAUAUGAUGAAUAAUUUUGGUUUUACAGUACAUGAACAGUUGAGUCAUGAAGCCCUUCACUAUUACGCUAAUAAACCCAUCGAAUACAAAGUUCCAUUCAAGUGCAGCAAAUUCUCAAGGUGUUUUUUUUAAAAUGAAGCCUCUUAGUGAGUAUCACUGAUGAUUUGUGCUUGGGAGUCCUAAAUUGCGUCAUGAAUCAAUGUAGUCUGAAGACGGCCUCCGUGCAGUAUGUUUGUGGCACAUGAGAAUGACCACACACAAAAAAAAGCCUCAAAUGUUGCAUCUCCCCUCCCAAGUUAUGCCACUGCAGUCUGUGGCAUGUCCUAAAAUAGCCCACCAGAGGUAUAAAGGGGUAUAAGGGGGGAGGUCUGGCCUUCAGAGGAGCAGCUCCACACUGUUGAUUCACACAGAGGAAGACUGUUUUGAGGGAACAAAUAUCAGGGACAUCAAAAUUCAUUUUGAGUUCAAAUUUGAAUUUUUUUCCCCCCUAAGCCAACUUUUGACAGAGGAGGAUGAAGUACUAUCAGUUCCCCGCAUCUGAGACUGAGUCACUUAGAGCUUAUGCCCAGGACAAGUACAAGAGCUCGGUGUGUCCAAAGUCCAUCCGCAGCGUGCAUUUCCCCAAUGACAUCGUUUUCCAGGACUUUGUGCGGCAGGGUGAGCUGGAGCGGAUUGGACGCUUCAUCCGAGCCAGAAGGGUCAGCCUGGACACCAUCUACCCCACUGGCAUGGCCGCCAUCCACGAAGCUGUGCUGUCAGGGAACCUGGAGUGUGUGGAGCUGUUGGUCCACUACGGAGCGGACAUCCACCAGAGGGACGACGAAGGGUGGACCCCGCUGCACAUGGCCUGCAGCGACGGCUUCCCUCACAUCGCACGCUAUCUUCUCUCACUGGGCGCUGAUCCAAAUCGGGAAAACGACUGCGGGGAGAAGCCUUGUGACCUCAUCGACCCAGAGAACAAGGAACUGCUGGACCUUUUCGGCCUGGUUGACAAUGACUGAGAGACUGAUCGGUCCAGUUGCUCCAAUUCUUCUGCCGAGGCGGAGAGAGAACUCCUCGUGACUUCAGCGUCCUGAACCAGAAAGCUGCCUCAACUGUGGAGGUGACAGUGGACUUCAGGUCGAAGGAAGCACAGCAGGUUCUUUCCUACAUGGGCUUGUGACAGCCAGCUCGAGUCACAUUUUUUUAUCCUGCAGUGAGUUUGAAUGAACAAUUUCAACUUUUUUUUUUUUUUUUAGAUAGAUACAUUGAUUGGAACAUCAAACUGCUCUUUAUGUGCAAAUGUAUGCUGCAAAAGAAUAUAUUCUGACAAGCAAAGAUCAAUAUUUUCCAAAUCAAAUUAAUGGAUUCUACAGUAGCAUCCUGCUAACACGAUAACGGGUUUGUUUUGUUUUUUCUAGUAUCCUAACAUGUUAACUGUAUAGUCUUACUUUUGCUACGUUUUGUACUUCUAAAAUAAAGUGUUCAUCCAC